ACAGACACACACACACACACGUGGCCUUUGAACGAUGACUCCCUGCAGAUCCAUCGCUGUUUUUCUGUGUCUGCUGCUGAGCCUCCUGAUACAAGAGUCUCGCUCACAGCUGGAUGUGUGCGGCCGACCACCGCUCAACACUAGGAUAGUGGGAGGCGAGAGCGCCAGCCCAGGCAGCUGGCCAUGGCAGGUCAGUCUGCAGAGAUUUGGAUAUCACCUCUGUGGUGGAUCACUCAUCAACAAGGAAUGGGUUCUGACGGCCACUAGCUGUUUAAGUUCCGGUACCGAGGGUCUGGUGGUGUACCUCGGUCGUCAGAUGAAACAGAGUUCCAGUUCUCAUGAGGUGAAUCGAACCAUCGUGCACAUCAUCAGCCAUCCAAGCUACAACUCGUACAACGGAAACAACGACAUCUCCCUCCUGAAGCUCUCGUCCCCGGUCAACUUCACCAACUACAUCCGGCCCAUCUGUCUGGCCGACUCUAACAGCACGUUCUACAACGGCACCAUGGGCUGGCUGACCGGCUGGGGCAACGUAGCUUUAGGAGAGCCUCUUCCUCCACCUCAGAACCUGACGGAGGUGAACAUCCCAGUGGUGGGGAACAAAGAGUGCGACUGUGCGUAUGGCAAGGGCUUUAUCAAAGACACGAUGAUGUGUGCCGGGUCACGGGUGGACAGGAAAGGCCUCUGUCAUGGGGACAUUGGCACUCCUCUGGUGUUCAAGCAGCACGGGGUCUGGAUCCAGGCUGGAAUUGCAAUUUUCAGUCUCGGGUGCGGUGAGACGGAUUUUCCUUCCGUCUAUAUACGAGUUUCAAAGUAUAUGACCUGGAUCAGCGGUCACAUCACAGACAAUGGGCCUGGCUUCGUCAACUACAACUCCAGUGGAACAGACGACGACGCAGACUUCUUCUGCGCCAACCAUAUUCCUCCGCCAACGCUUGCUCCAACUCCUGCGAAUGAAAUUUGUGGCCAGGCUCCACUCAACUCCAGGAUAGUUGGCGGUCAGGAGGCUCCUGGGGGGAACUGGCCUUGGCAGGUGGGUCUGUUCUAUUGGCCCAGUUUUCUCUGCGGCGCCACCCUCAUCAACCAGGAGUGGGUGCUGACGGCAGCCCACUGUGUACGCCACAACGAUACGCGAUGGCUGGUGCUGUUUUUCGGAAUGCAGAGUUUAAGCAUCAUGACAGCCAAGGAGACGUAUCGCUUUGUGGAGGAGAUCGUCAUCCAUCCCGACUACGUUUUACGUACAAGUGACAAUGACAUUGCCCUCCUGAGGUUCUCCCCACCGCUGAAUUACACAGAUUACAUCCGGCCCAUUUGUUUGGCCGACUCUGACAGCACCUUCAACAACGCCACCGAGGCCUGGGCCACCGGCUUUGGUCUCAUAGGACGUCAAGAAUUACCUCCCCCUCCACACGCCCUGAGGGAGGUGGAAGUGCCCAUCCUGGGGAACCGGCAGUGUAACUGCUACUACGGAGUGGGCACCAUCACGGACAACAUGAUGUGCGCUGGACUUCCUGCUGGAGGGAAGGACACCUGUGAGGGCGACCUGGGCGGUCCACUCAUGAGCAAGCAGAGCGGCCGGUGGAUCCUUGCAGGGGUCGCCAGCUAUGGAAGUGAAUGUGGUAAACCCCUGUUCCCUGGAGUCUACACCAGAGUGUCCAGGUACCAGUCCUGGAUUGACACUUACACCAGCGGCGACCGGCCAGGUUUUCUCACCUUCAGCUCCACCGGGAAAGAUGGAGAUCUCAACCACACCUGUGAUGGAAUUCCACCGAUCACAAAUCCACCCCCUAAAAUCACUCCCCCCAAAACAACAGCUGGACCUGUUGUCUGCGGCCAGGCACCUAUGAAUACUCGGCUUGUGGGCGGGGCUUCGGUGACGUCAGCUGGCAUGUGGCCUUGGAUGGCAAGUUUGCAGAUGAAUGGAACCCACGUGUGUGGUGGGACACUGGUGGAUGAGGACUCCGUGCUGAGCGAUGCUAACUGCUUCUCAGGGUCAAAUGAGCGCUCUGGUCGUGGCGCCUCUGAGUGGACCGUCAUCCUCGGGCGCCUGAAGCAGAAUGGAUCCAAUCCCUUUGAGAUGAAGUUCAAUGUAACCAACAUCACCAUGAGUAAUGAGACGGGUUCUAAUGUGGCAGUACUGCAUCUGCAAACCCGACCCACCCUGUCGGACUACAUCCAGCCCAUCUGCCUGGGAACCACACAGAUCUUCGGUGUUGGUACCACCUGCUAUGUUGCUGGCUGGAGCUUUGGGCAAGGAGGCGAAGAACAAGUUCUGCAGGAGCUUCAGACAAAGGUGGUGGAAUGUGGAGACACCUCAACGACUGACAACAUCUGUACUGAAGAUUUCACUUUGGAGAAGGGUGAUGCAGGGGGUCCACUGAUGUGUAAGCAGCGCAGCUUCUGGUUCCAGGCAGCAGUCUUAAUGCCCGAAACCAACACCACAACACAAACACGAGCAGGGAAGAAGACCUUUGUUUCGAUCACUGCAUUUUCCAACUUUUUGUCCAGUACACUGGGUCAAAUAUUGUCUCCACCAACCAUCAACAUAGGAGACGGCGUCACUCCUGGACCCGAUCAGGUCACCACAGACAGUGGCACUCUCACCCAGUCCUCUUCUUUCCUCCUCUUCUUCCAUCUCCUCUUCCUCUCACUGUGUCUCCACCUCUCCUUCUAGAAACCUCCAGUUACAUGUCCUGAUUUUGUUAUGAUACGGGUGUGAAGUAGAGAAAUAAUCUUUGAUUUUAAAAAUGGUUGUAUGAAGUACAAACACUGUCAGUACUGACUAAGCUACGAGCCUGCGUAUGCUUCCAGAACCGUCUUGAAAUACAGAGACUGGCUGAAAAGAAAUUCACCUACACUGACUCUAGGAAAAAAAGAUAUUUUAUCCAGACUGUUAAGACAGACUGUCCAACUUUA